UCAGGAAUGACCGCCAUUGAUCAGCACCGCAGUUACGGGUUUCGGUUCUUGCUGGUCUGCUCGCUGCUCUCACUAAGUACAGGGUCCUUGGUUGUGCACACCAGCCCUACACCACAGCACUGCACAGCAGGCUCCGCCAUUGCACUCAGCUGCACCUUUCCAGUGCCUUUUGGUACUCCUCUGCAUGGGAUUGCACUCAAGUGGACAGUGAGCACGGUGGAUAAUGACCACAGGACCCUUUAUACUUUUGAUGGCACUUCAGAGUGGCAGUUUUAUAAUCACAGCACGGUGGAUAGGCUUCGUCUGAUUCAAGGCGAUGCAACCCUGCACCUGAAGAAUGUGACCCUUUCAGAUGCAGGACACUACACAUGCACAGUGUUUAUCCCCCCAGAAAUGGGGGCCUCUACGUUCCGUUUGGCUGUUUCUGUUCUUCCAUCAGUAACACUGUCGCCUGAAUUUCCAUUUGUUACUAUUGGAGAGGAGAAGAUGCUGGUUUGUGACAUUCAGAACUUUUAUCCAAUGCAAAUUGAUAUUGCCUGGUUCAUUCGAAAAGGAGCCUUGCCUGAAAGCCUGCCUGUUUCGCAAGGGGUCUGCACUGGAAUCCCAGUUGCUUAUGGGAACCAGACUUUAAGUGUCCAGAGUCAAAUUCUGAUUAGGGCCACCGCUGAAGCAAAUGGGGCAAUAUACACUUGUCAAAUUAAGCACCAAUCUUACAGCUCUCCUUUUAGAAUAAAUACAACCCUAACUGUUGUAGAAGCAACGUCAGCUUCUCAUGGUGUAGGUAUGAUUGCAGGCACAGCAGUGACCAGCAUGUUUCUGACAUUAGCCGUCCUAGGAGCAGUCUUCAUUCAUGUCCACUACAUAAGGAAAGUUCCUCCAAAGGUAUCGGAGAUCAUUGUUCCUGAAAUGAUUUAUGCAAGUGAAGCAGUGACCUUAAUAUGUAACAUCACCUCCGUCCAGCUAAAGCAAGUGAAAGUUCAGUGGCUGCGAUGUCACGGGCACAAGCAUGUCUCCACCUCUGCAAAGGUAGAAAGCACUCUACUUCAGGAACACUUUGAAGACUUGAGUAGCUCUACAGAAAAUAAGCCUUUCAAGAACAGCCUCAUGUCCUGCCUCAGUAUUGUGCCAUCUAUUGAAGAUGAUGAUCGGGAAUACCAGUGCAAAGUGUGCUGUCUCAACAUACAUCCAAUUAUUAAAAAGACUUGUCUGAAAAUAUUGGUGCGACCAUCUCAUUUUCAAAUCGAAAGUGUGCCUAGGAUCCCAAUGCCAGAACAGAACUUAGUCCUUAGCUGCAGGGCUGAGAGGUUCUACCCUAAGGUCAUUUCUCUCAAAUGGUUUAAAGAUGAACUUCCAGUGAAGGGGGUCACUCAGUUUGGUCCUUUUCUUGAUGGAGGAAAGCUUUAUAGUGUUUGGAGUCAGACAGAGUUUCUGGUUUCAAGCAACGACCAAGGAGCUAUAUACACUUGCCGUGUACACCAUGGGAGCUUAACUGGUUUCAGAGAAAUUACCUACAAGAUUAAUUUGCAGGGAGCUGCACCUGAGGUGUCAUGGAUCACAUCGGAUCCUUCCCCACCCAAGCUUGGCCAAGAGUGCACGUUAAACUGUCGGGUGACUGACUUUCUGCCUGAAACUAUAACUGUCACAUGGUUUAAGAAUGGCCAGCCAGCACUCAGUGGGGUUUACAGCUCCCUGCCUGUUCUUAACAUUGAUGGGCGUUAUUCACUCUGGACUUUCUACAAAUUCACACCUACAGUCAAAGACUCGGGCAGCAUUUUUAAAUGUGUAGUAGAGCAUUGUGCUUUAAAGGGAGUUGAAGAAAGAUCAUUUAAACUGGAGAUGAAUGAUACAGUAUAAAUGUUUGCAUUAGAUGUAUUUACUCUUAAAUGUGUUUACAUAUUUUUUUUUUAUUUAUUCAAAGCAAGCUGCUUAUUUUAUGGGAAGAUUACCGUUUUUUUCUGUGCUUCUACAUUUGAGGCACAAUAGACUUUUGAAGACUCUUAGAGUGAAUCGCCUUAUGGAAUGGAGAAAAAGGAGUUACAUUUCUGGAGUCUUUAAAGCCAGGAGAUGGGCUUGGUUUGGUGUCUGAUAAGUAAUGAUGGUUCCAAGUAUGGCAAAUCUGAAGUUCUGCCCUCUAAAUUGGAAUUGUAAGCUCGGGAAGCUGCGGUGGGUUGGUGCCCUGCCCGAGGUUUGUUUCCUGCCUUACACCCUGUGUUGGCUGGGAUUCGAUCCAGCAGAAGCAACAAACACCCUCAAACACUCUGUCUCUGGAGCUUCGUCCUACUCCAGCACCUGACUCUCGCUCCUCAACUUUUUGAAAGCAGCCCCUUUUAUAAUCACCCGGACGUGCUCUAGGUGCUCACUGACGUUAUUCCGGCGGCACUUCCUGGUGUGGCGGAAGUGUAGAUCUCCCAGGUUUACGAGGCUUGGGGUGCCCCCUUGCAGUAGCCAUUUGCGCCUCCCUGCUCCUUCCCCGUGGUCCCCUCACAAUCCAGGGUGGUUGCCCUCUCAUGGCCCGGGGGACUUAUAGAUUGCCUUCGGGUCCUUCCAGGUGUCCCGGCUGGGUCUGGCCCUAAGCCUGCUGCCACACUGUAUAGUUACAGAGUGUUAUUACCUUGUACUUCCUGUGUGA